CUUUUUCUCAGUGUGAUACACUUUAUUAUUAUUUAUUGAAUUUAAAAGCAGUAUUUGAAGGUGGAAGUCAAAGAAAGUAGUUUUGUACAUCGUCAUCAUCAUCAUCAUCAUCAUCAUAGUUAUCGUCAAUAAUAAUAAUAAUAUUAAAUUCUUGUGUGAAGUAGAUUUUUUAUUUUAAAGAACAGAGAAGAUGAAUUUUUCUGAAGUAUUAAAAAAAAUUCCAACGCCACAAGUUUCAAUGCCACAAAUGCCACAGAUGCCUAACAUCGGUAAAUUUGGGAUAAACAAUAAUAAAGAAGAUAUUGGCAAAGCUCCAAUGAAUAUGACACAGGAGGAUAUGCAACAACUGAUUCAUUAUAUUGGUGAAUCAGUACUCAUACCAGAAGAUGGAGCGUUUAUUGCAUUAUGGAUACUUACAUUAAUUGAUCAUUGGAAUAAUGAACAUGAACGUUUAAUUGUAUUAACUGAGAGAAAUUUCUACAUAUUACGAUAUGAUUUUCUUCAAUGUCAAGUACGUGAUAGUCGUCGUGUAGGUCUUGGACAACUGAUUAGUGUUAUCACUGGACCACUAGUAUUCCCGGCAAAAUCAUUAAUGCCUAUACGUAGUUCACCUGGUGUUCAAUUAAAAUGGGGUGAUGAGAAUGAUGUGAAAAUUACACAGAAAUGGAAUCCAUUAUGUCGUAGUCUACCUUAUGCUACGCUAACACAUCAUCCACUCUAUUCAAAACGUGAUCAGUUACCAUCAAAACAAGUCAAUGUACCAGGUGCUGGUUAUGAAGAUUUAUCAAAUCCAGUCUCUGUAUAUGAUGUGAAUAAUUUCUUGACAGCAUUACGUGAAGCAUGUUCUGGUAUGAAUAUUCAGUUUACCAAUGGUGAGAUUGUCAUUGAAAGUUAUGGCAAUUUAGGCAGUGUAGUAUUCAACCAAAGUAAUUUGGGUUUUGCCAAACCGAAAACAACUACAACAUAAUGAAAUUUUUAAUUGGAAGGAGUAAGAAGAAGUUGGAAAAAUGCAUUCACUGAAUGACAAUUCAUUUCUUAUUUGACAUGAUGAGAAGAAAUUAAUGUGAUCUUAUCAUAUUCAUUGUUCUUCUUCUUCAGUAAUCAACCCUUUUGAAAAUGAUUCUCUAUUAUUAUUAUUAUUAUCAUAAUUUUUUCUCAAAAUCCAUAAAUGUUGGUAGUGAAAGAUGCAAUCAAAUAGUUUGAUUUAUAACUCUGUUCAAAUGUGAUAAUCGCCCAUUUUGAUUCAAACUGUUUCAUACUACUUAUUAUUAGAAUUAGUAGAUCGUGCACGAAAACCAAAAAAAACCUGUUUUGUCAAGUUAUACUUCGAAUUUUACUCAAAUUAUAAUGUAAAACAAUUUUUUUCUUCAGAAAUCAAGUUUAAAAAAACAUUGUUUAUUUAUUCAAUUCUCGAAAUUAAAUUAAAUUUAUCGCUUACUUAUCAUGAAUACAUUGAUUUUUCAAAUAAUUUCCUUCUGUACUACUUAUAUUGUAUUUGUGAUCCAUACGUUUGUACUGUGUGAUCUAUAUAUAUUACUCGCUAAAUAUUAUUCCACAUAACAAAAAGUGUUCAUCAUUCUAAUUAAACUACUUUCUUUUUCUUUCAUUUAUGUACAUUUCUUGCUAAGUACAAUGCAAUGUACUUUGAUGCCUAAACUAAAUGAAAGCUAGUGAUAUAAAUAC